CUCUGGUGCAUUGUAUAUGAAACAUGUAUUUUUCAGAUUGUUUUGUUUGGUUGAAUCGGCAAUGCCUCUGACUCCGGAGGAAGUGGACAAGUUGUCUGACAUGUGGGCCAAUGCAUACACCUCCACACACGAAAAGUACUCCAAGACGGAACCACUCUCGGACCAGCAGGUGUUUGCGGAACUGUACAAAGACAUUCUACACAGUCCAGCCAUCCACACUAUUCUGGGAGUGGAGCACAGCUACAGUGUGGCACUGAGGGAGGCCAGAGAGAGGAAGGAGAGGGAGGUGAAGGAGAAGACGGAACAGUGCAUGGACAAGCUAGAGAACAUCAAAGUCACUGCCGAGCAAAAUGGAACACCUCUGUCAGAUGACCAGAUUAAUCGCCUCUACGCCACCCACUUUGAAGACCUCGAAUUCAUGGAGUCCACAUGGGAAAGUGAGCUCAGUCUGCUUCGAGACACACAGAAGAACGAGUUCAGAGAAUGGCUCAACACUGUCUCCGAAGACCUUCAUUCUAAUGAAACCAAAAUCACAUAUUCAGAUACUUCAACUAAAUUGUCAGUAAACUGUUUGGAACCAGAUUUGGAAGAAAGUUUCACGAUAUAUCUCGGAACUCAGAUGAAAACGAUGCACAACAUAAGGCUACUCGUAAUGGAUCCAAUUGAUCUGUGUACUUCAACAGUCGAUGAAAUUGAAGGUACUUUCUCUAGGGAUCCGAAACGAAUGCAGACAGCUUUGACUAUGUACUCAAAUAACCUUUCGGCUCUGGUGAUGGUGGUUGGAAACAGAGUUCGAUACUCCUCUGAUUUUAUGACGUCACUGGCAGAAAUUUGUUCCAAGAAUUGCGAGUUUCAUUUUCCGGAUCUGGACCAGCAGCUGCAAGCUAUACAGGAUGAUAUAAUUGGGCUGAAUUACAAGAGAUUUCCAAGUUUGAUGAACUUGAACUCGAGUGAGAAUAGUGCGUCGGGAUCAAAUGAGUUGAUUAUUCCCGUAGGGUCUACAAACAGUGGAGAAUCUACUUCAGAUCAAGUGUCUCUGGCCUCCUCGCAACUCGGUGCAACUGGAACCAAUAGCCAGUCGGCACUGAAUCCCACCCCCAGUCCACUUCACUCCACUUUGAGCCAGAUGUCUCCACAGAACCAGAGGAAGUUCAAGGCACUUUUACCCGGAGAUGUGUUCAUCACCAGACAUUCCAACUUGUCAGCAGUACAUGCCAUUUUCCAUCUAGCAGGAGACGCCAAGGUGGAUGCAUUUGAUAUGAACUCGCAACACCCGACUUUUAACGGUAUCAGAAACAUAUUCAAAAUGGCCAUCGAUUUCGACAUUAUCAACAUCUACAUCCCACUUUUACUCACAGACACAAUAAAAGACGAUAAAACUCUGGACCAAUGCGUGAAAAGAGCUGAACUAGUAUUUAAAUGCGUGAAGGGAUAUAUGAUAGAAGCAACCACGUGGACAACUACAAAAUCACGCACUAUUCAGUUCUUGUUACCAAGGAAGUCUUCGCCAGAUUUGUUUUACCAAUUAAGGAGGACAUUACAGGAGACCUUUCCGAUAUCGAAUCCUGUGGUGACUAAGGUUACCAGUAAUGGUAGCUGAAAAGGGUUCAUUUUAAAAUAAACUUAUUAGUUUAUUGAUCAAAUCUGUAGUUUAAAUUGAUGUAUUUAUUGAGCACAAAUUUGGAAAAAAAGACGUUAAUUAAGUACCCUGACUUAAGAACCUUUCUUGAAUGAGUACCAUUUGAAUGUAAAAAAUAACUCAUCGGGGUUCUCAUGCGCCCAGUUUUUUA